AUAAGUUGCCUCUGCGGUGUCCGAAAUUCGGCAUCUCAUUUAGUCAAGCAAAGAAAUUGAGCCAUUUAACUGUAUUUAAAUGUAUGUAGCGUGUACGUAGUGAAAUGCGAUGAUGUGGUAAUGGAUGACCUCUCUCACACGCUAAUAAGCGUGCAGAAGGGCACGGGGAUAUGGAGUGGAGUGACGGCCAUUUUCCCCUCUUUGCGUCCGAGAAUCCUGAUUGUCCUCUCCGCGUGACUUGUUCCUUUCUUUUGUUGUUGUAUCAUUCUAUUCGAUUCCAUAAUUAUUGCUACUGCUUAAGACUUGGGCUUGGACAUGGCUAUGAAUAGGAUUGGCGGUUACUAGUUCCAUCUUUCACUUAUGGUUGGAUGCCUAUUCUUUAUGCGGGGACUAGAAAGCGUAUUUCUGACUAUAGAUUCUCUGCCCAAGAUCGAGAAUUUUGUGGGCUUUGUGUGGAUUGAUUGCACUUCCUGUGCUUGCUCUGGUUGGAAUUGGACUUGGUGUGGGGGUUGGGUAUUUUUUUUUUCUCAAAAGGGGAGUUGGGUUUAUCUUUCUUUCUCCAAAUAGCGAAAUCCGGAUAUCAAUCAUAAAAUUUUGGGCAAUGCAAUGAGAUGGAGAUGGAGAAGGAGAAAUCCAUUGCGAGCCAGGGUGGGAACUGUUUUGAUCAAUCGCCAAAAACCCAACAGAUUGCAGUUCCAACAACUUUUGUGCAGGCCGAUACAAGUAGCUUUAGGGAGCUUGUUCAGAAACUCACAGGCAUUUCAGAUGAGAGUCAGGAGAAGCUGCCCAUCACCAUGCCCGCACGCUACUACAAUAGGUCAGGAGUAGGAGCUAAGCAGGUUCAAGCAGAAGCAGUUUCCCCAUUAUCUUCAGCAUCAUCUUGUUCAAAAAUUGAAGUGGGUCCUCGGAAAUCUGCCUUCAAGUUGCAGGAGAGAAGACAAAGCAUGAGGAAACUAGAGAUUCAGCUAGGUCUAACUUCUCUGCGUCUUAAUCCUUUAUCCCCCAGAUCAGGUGAGAUUCGAUCCCCCAAUGUUACAGACCUGCAGGCUCUUCAUGCCCCUAGCCCUGUUACUCCCCUCGCAUCUGACCCAUUUCACAAUGUCAAUGGGUAUAGCCCAUCGAGUACGCCCAACGCUGCUACGCCUACUUCUGAUUCAUCUGAAGAAGAGAGAGCCAUAGCUGAGAAAGGAUUCUAUUUGCACCCUUCCCCGCGCCAAACCCCGCGUGGUUCUGACCCUGAGCUGCUUCCUCUCUUUCCCCUUCAUUCCCCAAGAGAACCGAAUUCCUAGAUUAGGAAGGCAGACUCUCUCUUGGGUAUCCCUGAAUUUUUAAUCUUGUCCAAGAUGUCAUACGGCUUACAGGGUUUUCUGAUAAGCUUUUAGGGUUAUCGCAUCGAUUGUGUACAUGCAGGAAAUUUAGACUUUGCAUCAAAGUUAGUAUUUCAGAUUUAAGGGACAGUCAGCGGAAAGAAACCAUGCAUAUGGUUGGAUUAUCUUAUAUGGGUGUCGCCAAGGGAUCAUGAACUAACAUUUUGUUAGGGCUAAAAUGACAUUGCAGUUUUUGCUUCUUGCUGUUGUUGCGAUGUAGUGUUUUGUACAGCAUUUAGCCAUUGAUGGAGUUACGGCUUAUUUGGGUAAUGGCGUUUGCUUCUUGUUUGGUGCUCGAUUGCCAAGGACUUGGUUAAAAUUAUCUAUAACACUAUGGUAAUAUGGGAUAUACCAGGAGAGGCUCUGCAGAUUUGCUUUUAAAAGUUCCAGUUUGAUCUUCUCUAAGUGCAGUCUUCUUUUUCAUGGCUAUCAAAUAAUCUUCUAGUCAAUAUAUGUAUUGUGUUCAUUAACCAUUGUAUCUUUAAAUUGUCGUUUAGCAGAAAUUGUGCUUAUGUCUGCUUAAUUUCCAGGCUCUGUUUCUGACUUUUUUGUGCACAGACAUAUAUACAGCUAUGAUUCCACUAAUUUGCAAA